UUUUAAAUAUGAUCCAAAUUAAUAUUAUUAGAUACAGAUUAAUGAAUGAGCCAUAGCAAAAUGAAUAAAAAGCUUAUAUAAUCUGCCUAAAAAAGUCUUAAAUUUAAUGAAAUAAUAGAGUGUUAAGCAAAUUUUCUAAAAAUGUAUAAUAAAUAUUGGCUGACAUAAUAAAAAUUUGCCUUGAAAAUAAGUGGAAAGUAAAGAAGAGAGAGAUAUUUAAAUAAAAUUGAUUUUGGCAUUUAAUGUUCAGCUUGAAAAGAAUAGAAAGAUAAAUAAAUGGUGUAUUAAUUCAAAAUAUAUAACCUAAAUCACAC